UUUAGCUGUCAUGAGUAGGUAUUUGUAGUCAAGGUCAAACACGUGAUGAAGGAUGAGCCGACCUUUCAUCGCUUGCAUGAACGAGACAGCGUUUAGCGUCAGUGAUUGUCGACCCCAGUCAUCAUGUCGUGUAGGCGGAUCGACCCAAACGAUCUACCACAAGCUGCGAUCUGACCAGUACGUACCUGCUCAUUGGUCAGGAUAAAGAGCCCAUGCUCGUACCUGAGUGUAGAGCACGUAGGAACGGUUUUUGAGUAACGAAGGUGAAUCGGUCUGUAGACCGACUGAGCAGGUGCAAGACGCGGCAUCCGCAGCAUAGUUCCUUCCUUAUCACCUUCAAUCCUCAGUUUCAAAGCGACUCCUCGACUGAGACCAUACUCAACCAGAAACGUAACGCACCAUCCACCUUUCCCAUGCAGGCUACAAAGCUCAUGUCUCGUGCUGUUGCACUUACUGUUCAGCAACCUUCCCUGACCUUGUUCCGUGCCUUUGCAUCUUAUACUACUUUCAAGCAGUGUGUCUCAGACCUUACCAAACACGACCAUGCUGAACUGAGAAUCUACAAGAACAACAUCAUCAACAGUGCCAAUGGUGAUGAGAAGCGUCGCUGGCAGAACCAAUUCGUCUGGGAACUAGCUCGUCACAGUAUCGCCGAAGAGCCGGUCGUCACUGAUUUUGAUCGCUGCAGGAUGUUUGUGCCUACUAGGAGUCAUCCUAUGUCACCUAAUACUGGGGGUCCGUUUGAGACGGUGGCGAGCUUGAUGUCGGCGCCGUUGGAUAGGUUGGGGGACAUGUUUAGGAGGUAUCCCAAGACUCAUUGA